AUGGACGGUGUGAAAAAAGUUGACUUUCACACUCACAUUCUCCCUCGCGAAAUUCCCAACUGGAAGGAGGAAUUUGGCUACGGUGGCUUUAUUCGACUUGACCACCUGGAAAAUGGAAACGCCAACAUGAUGAAGGAUGAUGGCAAGUUUUUCCGCGAGAUUGAACCCAACUGCUGGGACCCUGAGGUCCGGUUGAAAGAAAUGGCAGAGACAGGCGUUGACGUGCAGGUCAUCUGCACCGUGCCCGUCAUGUUCAACUACCACAUUAAGGCCGCAGAUGGCCUCAAGGUGGCACGCUUCCUCAACGACGACGUGGCCAAGACAUGCGCAACAUACCCUGACAAGUUUAUUGGGCUGGGUACUUUGCCAAUGCAGGAUCCAGCUUUGGCGGCCGAGGAGCUGCGGCGUUGUCGCAACGAAUUACACCUUGCCGGUGUGCAAGUUGGGUCGCACAUCAACAAGUGGAACCUUGACGCGAAGGAGCUUGAACCGUUUUGGACCGCCUGCGAGGAGACGGACGCUGCCGUGCUGAUUCAUCCCUGGGAUAUGGAGCAGACGGGCCGUUACGCCGACUACUGGGCCCCGUGGCUUGUGGGCAUGCCGGCAGAAACCACGCUGGCGAUUAUGACCAUUCUGAUGGGUGGGGUCUUGGAGCGCCAUCCCAAGUUGAAGCUGUGCUUUGCACAUGGCGGUGGGAGCUUUGCCUUUACUCUUGGGCGGAUUCAGCAUGGAUACAACGUUCGGCCAGAUUUGUGCGCAAAAAAAUGCAAGAGGGACCCCCGCUCCUUUGUGGGGCAGUUUUGGGUCGAUUCAGCCGUGCACGAUGCGGAUGCGUUAGCCUUUUUGGUCAAGAUCAUGGGCGAAGACCGCGUGAUCAUGGGCAGCGAUUACCCCUUCCCCCUGGGCGAGCACCAUCCUGGCAAGGAGAUUGAGACGCACACCCAAUUGGACGAAGCGCUCAAGAGCCGUCUCCUGGCGCGCAACUGCCUGCAGUUCUUGGGCAAGAUCUAA